AUGGCAUCAGAAUUCAGUUUAGAGAAUGAACAGCUUAGAAAUGCUUACAUGGGCGUUCUUCUAAACCUAAUUAUGACACUGUGCCAGUCUCCCAAGGAGCUCACAAUGGACGAUCUAAACAAGGCAGACCGUACGGUUUUGGAUCUAACAAAAGCAGGUUUCAAGUUGCAUUGGUUGCGUCAGAAACUGGACGAAGCUUUCCAGAAGGAGGAGAAAAAACGGGAGAUUAGGGCACAGAUCAGAUUACUUGAAGAGAAAGCCACGAAGCGGAAGCUGUCUUUGUCUGAUUUAGAAUCUGAUCUGAAGAAACAGAAAGCUGCAGCUUUGGCUGCUGAAACUCUUCCAUUUGAUUUCAGCGAUAUUGUUUGA